AGCAAACAUCUGGUGAGUCAUGGGAGCAUUGUUUGCUACAAGCUAGCUGUCAGGGAGUGUAGUCUGACAAAGCUGAUGGGCUCUAUAAAAACAGCUUUCCCUUACACCCAGUGUUGUUGCCAUGUGCUUCAUGAAUCAUCAGAUCCAGAGUCCUAUCAAAGUCCUAAGGAAGGCAGAAUUAAUAACCAUUUACGGUGCAGUACUGUGGUGCUUGCCCCUCUUCUUGUGUUCCAUCUUUUGCUAGUUCCAGUUCUUUCCUUCAGCUUUGUAUUCCAUUGCUCCUCCUUUCCCUCCCAUCCUGGUCAAGACUUUUACUGUGCUUCCACGUCUGCUCCUGGUGCAUAUGUCCUCUGUGGCCUUCAUGCACUGACCUUGUUGAAAAGAGAGUGUCUAACUUUUCCACUUGUGACACACAUUUCUGUGUGUCCCUCCAGUUAUCUGUGGCUCCCAAAGACUCCUGAGAACCUCCGUGUACACUAGUGGAUGCUCAGCCUUAGGAUGUGGCUGUACCUGCAUCUACAUGCCUUUGAAGAGCAAUACUGAUGCCUGAGGGCAGACCUAGCACCUGCUUUGCCACUUCAAAAGCUAACUAGACUUCAUCUUUUAGCAUAGCUUCUGUUAGAAACAAGGUUUAUACCAUCUCUUACUUUGUGUUCGCACAUGCAUUUUAGUAUUUGUUGUUUAAAUGUUGUUUUAUUGUCAAUGCCCAAUUUCAGCUGUGUGUGAUGUAAGGAGAACAGCUCCAACAUAAUAAAGUUCUUGCAGAUUUUGUAGAAACAGACUAAAGGGGAAAAGCAGGUCUGCAGUCAGACACUUGCCAGUUUUCUCCAGGUUUUUGCUUAGUGACUGAGUGAUACAUUCGUAUGUGACUGCCUCCACUUGGCAACAAGAUAUUUGGUGUAAAUGAAGUUGUAAAGAGAAAAGGAAAAUGAUUUUUGGGGUGAAUACGUCUGAACUGUAAUCUCUCUCAAAACUUAAAAGAUGAUAAAUAACUGAUUGGAUACAUUGCAUUCUGAACAUGAAAACAGAAAAAUCUUAGUAUAGUUAAGUAUAGACAUUUAAUCAACAAAGGAACACAGUUCUGUAGGAGGUCUGAUUUCCUGAGUUGUGCUGGUCACAAAGCACUUUGUUUUUAUGGCUCUGCAUCUCCAGGGCACAGCUCCUGUCUUUGUUGUGCCAGGCACACAUUUGUGCAAGUACAGCAGGGAUAUGAUCUCAGCUGGUGUCUUUAUAUCUAUUUUAUUUUCACAAAAUUGGGCAACAGUUUCAAGACUUACUGAAUGUCAUCAUAUAAGCAUAAUUCCCUUGAAACUAAGUGAUCACCACCCUUGCUCGGAAUAAUGCAUUCCUUGAUGUGGCUGGUAGAGCAAAUCCCAGAUAAUCUAUAACAAUGACAAAAUAUUGGAUUUUCGUUUUGUUUUGUUUUUAAACUAUUAGUCCUUGUCAAUUGUAGAUGGGGUGUUGUGGCACAUCUACGACCUUCUUGGCAAACUUGUUCUACUAUGUAUGCAGGUGAGAUGGUGCCCUUAGAAAGGGUCCCUUUACAACUGCAUCUUGUGUGCUCACUGAAGGAUUGUGGGCUAAGUGUGAAUCCUGGCACUUCAGACAUAUGAAAGGAAAAAGCCACAUGGUAAUAGGAAAAAUUCUUGAGCUUCAGAGAUGUUAACAGAGGGUGUAACUGGCAAAGGAGGUUUUUUUUACUUGGCAUGGUUAUAUGAAGACAAAGGUAUUGAGGCAUCCAAGAUCAACAGGAACAAAUACCAGGUUCCUCAAUACCACUCUGAGUCUGGCUAAAAACCUCCCCACUGUCUUUGGAGUGUAGGCAGCAAAAUACCUCUACUCUUCAAGGAAAAUAUCUCUAAAGGUAGUGCUUACUGAUGGUCAGUAAUAUCUCAGCUUCCUCGGGCUUCAUUUGAGUGCAGUUCCGUGAAAUUAAAAAUAAAAAGCAGGUGUCCAGUGUCUCUUUUGGUCACGUGGGUUUGCUCUGCAACCAAACAAAUGGUAGGAUGUGUGCCUUUAGUUAAUAUUGAUUACAUAGAAGUACUCUGAAAUGGCACAAGAAAAGCUGAAAGUAUUUAAAACUCAGUGUUUAAACUUCAGAACACACCCUGAUAUUGAUUAGUGAUAGGCUCCAAACUAUGCAUCCUAGAAUUUGAUAAAGUUUUGGUCUGAAAUACAAUUCUGUUGCCUGUAGCUGACACUGGCAUAUGCAUUGAGGAAGGUAGAAUUUCUUGCAACAAUUUUUCCUGAAUAGCUGUGGUACUGUUAGUGUUGACUUAUAUAUAAUUUUGUUCUUCGGUUUGAAAACUUGCUUUUUUUGUUUGUUCUCUAGUGUUUGACUGCUUAGGACAUAGUAAUCAGAUUUUUUUAUAAAGUAGAUUCUUUUUAAAUGAAAGUGGAGAUCUUUACGUAAGAAGAUCGCUGUACACACUCUUCUCCAGAGCUGGAGCUUCAGGUUGGUCCUUGCCUUCCAGGAGAAUUGCUUCUUCAAAUGCAAUGACUCAGCAGCUACAGGAUGAAUUUGACAGUAGUGUGGAGAAUGCAGAAGCGUGGAUGAAGGCCAUCCAAGAGAGACUGAGUAUCAAUGACAACACCAAGGGACCUCGAUCUGCCCUAGAAGCCAGAUUGAGAGAGACUGAGAAAAUACGUGCACUGGAACCUGAAGGCAGCUUGAAAAUUGACUUGAUUCUUGUGAAGGCAGAUGCUGCCCUUCACAGGAUCAGUGAGGAUAAGAAGCAUGAGAUACUGUCUAAACUGAAAGACAUUAAAGCUUUGUGGGAAGAGACAGCCAUAUAUAUUACUCACUGUCACAGCCGUAUUGAGUGGGUGUGGCUGCACUGGAAUGAAUACCUGAAAGCCCAAGAUGAGUUUUACACAUGGAUUCACAACAUGAGUGUGACCUUGGAGCCUGACAUUGAGUUGCAGCUUGGCUUAAAGGAGAAGCAGUGGCAGCUGAGCCACGCUCAGGUUCUGCUGAAUGAUGUCUUAAAUCAGUCAGUCCUGCUGGAAAGACUGCUAGAGGAAGCUGCUUCCUUGUUCAGCAGGAUAGGUGACUCCAGUGUUGAUGAGGAUGUUCAGAAGAAAAUGAAGAUGGAAUAUGAAAAAAUCAGGGAGCAAGCUGAGAACAGAGUGAACCUGCUUAAAAAGAUAACCAAGGAACAUGAGCAGUACAACGCUAAUGUCAACUGGUUUCAAUCAUGGCUGAAUGGUGUGACGGAAAGAUUAAACUCCUGCAUUGGAGAAGCAACCGAGUAUUCGGCAGAGGACAAGUUAAAGGCACUGAAGGAAAUUGCCAAAAACAUUAGGAGCGGUGGAAAGAAAUUAGACCAACUUGAAAAUGAGUGUGCAAAUGUGACUGAGAAUACCUCCCCACUUGGAGCUGAGAGAAUGAAGGAUGAACUUGAAAUGCUAAGAAAAGCCUUGGAGAAGUUGAAAUUGCUGCAUAGUGAGGAGGAGGAGAGAUUGCUCAAGAUCCAGGAGUCAGAAAGCGCCUAUGAGUCCCAAGCCAGACAGUUAGAAGAAGACAUCAAGGUGUUGAGAAAAUAUCUACAGAAAUUAGAAAAUCACCUAGAGCCUGGGGAAGGGGAAAAGACUGAAGAUGAGUUUGUAACCCUGUGGAGAAAAUGCAAUGCAACAAGAGCAGCUCUGGCUGCUGAAGAGUCCAAUGUCGAGAGACUGAAGGCUCAGCUUAAGGAACUGCUACGGUUUUCCCAAGAUGUGCAGCCACACACUGAGAGUGUUGUCUCUGCAAUACAGCAGUAUCAAAGUGUUAGAGGCAAGACAUCUAAAAUGAGCACUGAUACAGAAACUGAACUGAGAAGACUCUUCCAAAAUCCCCUGCUAGAUUUUGAACGGUGGAAGCCAUCAGUCCAGAUGCUCCUGGAGACUCCAGAGCCAGCACUGGCUUGCAUUGAGGCUGGUCUAGCUGAAAGCUCCCGCUUCAAAGAGAAGUUCAUGACAUUACAGCUGAAGAAGGAUUUACUAAACAAUGUCCUUGGUGAGGAAAAAGCAAAGACUUUCCUGCAAGAAGUAGCUGAAGCUUCAAAGAAGAGAGAAAUUAUACAUGAAAGUCUGAUGCAGAGCAAGAAGACAAUCCAGCACUUUGAUGCUGGUUUCGCACCUUUGCAGAAGAAAUUAUCUGCCAUUAAAGCUAAGUUGGAUCUAGAGAAGGAACUGAAACCUGACCUCCUGGGUAAAAAGACACAACUCCAGAGACUUCAGAUGAUCCAAGAUGACUUGGCAGAGCUUGUGGCACAAAUGGAGGAGGUAGAGAAGCUUGUUCGGUCAAAUACCACCCACAAGCAUAAAAUGAACCAACUUUCAUCUGACUCCCAGGCCCUGAAGAUAGCACUGAAGAUGAUGAUACAACGGAGUGAAGAGCGCAUUCAGAAGCACUAUGCAUAUAAAGACAAACUCUCUGACCUUCAGCAGUGGAUCAUACUAACAACGGAGAUGAUUGAGCCCUACCAGGGUGCUGAAGGAGACCAGAACACUGAGGGCCAGGUGGCAGACCUUAAGAAAUGGCUAGCUGACUUACCAGAUAAGGAGCUCCAGCUGUGCCUUGUGAAAGCUUAUGGAAAACUAGUCAUGGAGAAUUCUUCCCCAGAGGAGACUGCCCAUGUCCAGGCAGAGCUGGAUCAGCUGGAGGAAUCAUGGAGACUGCUGAAGGAGAUGGAAACUCGUCUUCUCAAGAAGUGGCAGUUAAGUAAACCAGUGGUUGAUAAUAAGAAGAAAAUAGAAUUUGCAGACACUAGAUGGAUGUCUGGACCUGUGUUCCAUCAUUCAGGUGUAGAUCCCAACCAUAAGCAGGAGAGGAUUGAAGAAGGGCAACAUACAAGCAGCUACUUGAAGCUUCUACAAGAAUUUGAAGAGUGGUUACAAGGAGAAAAAAAGAAACUGACCAAAAUUCUUGAUGUGGCUUCAUCUUCCACAGAGGAAAUUAAAGCACGCAAGAGCAAACUGGAGGAGCUGCAGUCUCGCGUGCCUGAUGGUCAGCAUCUCUUUGAGGAGCUUCUUCAUAGUCAGCCUGUCACUGAAUAUUCUGAAGAUCUGGAGGACCUCCGUUACCAGUGGAUGCUCUACAAAUCUAUACUGAAAGAGUCCAUGAGUACCCUGAGUCCUGGAACUUCUGAAGAACCAGACAGAUUCAGAAAGAAGUGCUCUGGAGGUGUGUGCUCAUUCCUGCAUCGAGUGUGCUGGGCAGCACUACCAUUGCAACUGCUCCUCUUGCUCCUCCUGCUCCUGGCCUUCCUCCUGCCCCUGGCAGAGGAGGCCCACAGCUGCUCUCUGGCCAACAACUUUGCUCGGUCCUUCCACCUGAUGCUGAGACACAAGGGCCCACCUCCAACCUAACUUCUUGGCAUGGCACAAGGUGACUGUCAGAAAUACAGACUUUUCAACAAUUGCAAGUGUUGCAAUUUCAGGGCUUCUAACAAGACCAUCAUAUCAACUGGGUAGGUCAUAUAAAUGCAACAUAAAAUUAGUCCACUUUAAUCAGGUAUAUGAGCAAAAUUAAUAUUUUUGCAAUAUUUUAUUAUAUUUAUAAUGUGUAUAUAGAGAUUGUGUAAGUAUGUACAUAUCUAUAUGUAUAACAAAAUGCAUAUAUCUGUGGUCAAACUAACAUCCACCAUUCACUCAUCCACUGUUUAAGGAUAAUCCUGCAAUGUUUCUGUUUCUACCACCUUUCAGCAAGGAAUACUGAAAGAUGGUUUUGUUUUGGGGGCUUUGGGGUGAUUUUAAAAGUCAGAUUCUUGUUUACAACUGAAGUCAGAGCAGGUAUGAGAAGAUGUGGACAUGCACCAGAGUGCAAACUGGAGAGCAGGCAUAGUAGAAUAAUGUUUGAAUACAGUGGUUGACAUUCAGCCCAAGGAAAAUUGGAGCUAUUCUAUUUGAAAUCUUGGGCUGGGGUUCGUUUGGGGUUUUUUUCAGUAUCAGGAUGCAGGGACUGCAGGAGGUAAUGGAAAUGUUUCUACUGACUUCAGUAAGAGUGGGGGUGGGCCUCCUCUUGUUCAUAUUUUUUACCAGAUUUCUUUCCCAAUUACUGUGUUCUCCAGCCCACCUGAAUCAGCAGAGGUAGACUACAGUAGAAAUAAAGCAAAGAAAAAAGUAUAUAUAUAUAUAUAUUUAGCAUCUCUAUAGCAGAAGAACUUUUAAAAAUCAGGUCAUAAUUUUCUGAACAAAUUUGUGAGCACUGAACAAAACCUUGUGUCAGUGAUCUUUAUAAAAAGCAGUGGGUUUGGUUGUGUUUUUUUUGUUUGUGGGAUUUUGUGGUUUGGUUUGUUGGGGUUGUUUUGCAUUGUGAAGAGGCAUUUCAUAGUGGAUCAUGAAGCCUGAACAGUGGGAUGCAGCCUGGCUCAGUGUCAGCAGAGCAGAAGUUGGAAGUACUUUAAUAAUACUGCCCUGUAAACAAGAUUCCUUCCUAGGAUGUUUUUUAGUGUUAAUGGUUUGUUAAACUAAUAUAAACUGAUUGUAUCAAAGACAGUCAAGCAUAGAUUUCUAUAUAGCCUAAGAUGAUGACAACUUGCCAUUUAUUUACCUAAGCUUAUGCCUGAUCUAUCAAAUUUUUGAAUAUACAUUUUAAGAUUGCCUUUAAUUUUAAAGCAAUUCUCACUGUA